AUUUUUCUUUAAUUGAGAGAGAGAGAGAGAGAGAGAGAGAGAGAGAGAGAGAUAGAGAGAGAGAGAGAUGGGUUUUUGCUGCAUUUUGAAGAGGGUGUUCUUGACUUGUGCACUGGAAGAGGUAGGGAUUUUAUUUUAAUUUUCAUUGUAAGGGUUUUGGGUUCUUGAGUUCGUGAUUGAAUGAGGUCAGGAAGGUUUUCUUUUAAUCAUUUCUUUUUUCCAUUUGAGUUUCUUUCAUUUUGUUGUUUUUUGAGGGUGAGGUUCUCCACAUCAUUUUGGAAGAGAAGUUCUUGAGCUCUUCAUCUUUUUCUUCUUUCUUUCUUUCAAUUUGAUUUGGGUUCUUUUGGGCUGUUUUGAAAGAAAGAUUGGAUUUUUAUCUGAUAAACCAAGAAAACAAGGGCCGUAGACAGAGAGAGGUUAGAUUCUUAUAAUCAGGAUGAGGGAUUUCCCUUCCUGUUUUGGUGAAAAUGGAGUCCAAGUUGCAGAUUCUUCGUCGGGGGCUAGCAGAACUGCUCAGAAUUUGGUUACAUGUGUUUAUCGGAGUCACUUAUGCAGCCGCUCUUGCAUCGUCACGGUUACAUGGAGCAAGAAUCUGAUGGGCCAAGGUCUUAACGUUGGUAUAGAUGAUUCUACCAACCAGUGCCUCUGCAAAGUCGAUAUAAAGCCAUGGUUGUUCUCCAAGAGAAAAGGAUCAAAGAGCCUAGAGGUCGACGGUAGCAAAGUCGACAUCUUUUGGGACCUCUCAGCUGCGAAAUUUGGGUCUGGACCAGAGCCGUUGGAGUGCUUCUAUUUGGCCAUCGUCUUCGAUCAUGAGAUGGUUCUCCUGCUCGGCGAUUUGAGCAAAGAAGCAUACAGAAAGACAAACGCUAGCCCCCCUCCUUCGAAUGCAGUGUUUAUAUCCAAGAGGGAGCAUAUCUUCGGCAAGAGAGCGUAUUGCACAAAGGCUCAGUUCUGCGACAAAGGGCAUGUUCAUGAUGUUGUGAUCGAGUGUGAGACGGUUGGCCUUAAGGACCCUUGCCUCUCAAUCCGUAUCGAUAAGAAGACAGUAAUGCAAGUGAAGCACCUGGCAUGGAAAUUCAGGGGGAAUCAGACCAUCUUGGUUGAUGGGCUCCCCGUCGAGGUGUUCUGGGAUGUCCAUAACUGGCUUUUCAGCGCGACCGUCGGGAAUGCGGUGUUUAUGUUCCAGACAAGCCUAUCGGCAGAGAAGCUGUGGUCCAGCCAUACAUCCGACCUGUCAGUGUUGCCUUGGUCUUGCUCACAAAUAUUCCGAGAAACCCAAUUACAAGGUCUUGGUUUUUCAUUGAUUUUGUAUGCUUGGAAGAAUGAGUAGAGGCCGACAGUGGAGGAUAUUUUAUCACCUCUUCUUCUCUUUUGAGUGCUAACAGAUAUUUUUAGUGAGUGAUUUCCAUUAAUGAUGCGUGUGAAUUACAUUUGAUUUGUAAGUGGCUCCCAUUUGUUUUUAUUUCCCCACUUGACUAAGUCGAUCAUGUUUCAAAUAGACUAGAAAUAGUUCCUUGUCUUUUAAUGGCUGUUUUGUAUUCUUUGUUUGUAACUUGUCUUGGAGCGUCUUCAAUGUGAUUCUUGAUUCCGUGUUGAAAAUUGCAAGUUGGUUGUUUAGUUCCAAGGCAUCAGAUAAAAUUUUGAGUUGGCAGAUGAUGGAAUUUUGACUCAUCCCCUCUGAGCUCUGUUGAUUGAAAAUGACUUUAUCACUAAAGUGCAGUCUGUUGUGGAUAACACUUUGGGAUAUUGUGGCGUUUAUCUCUAAUGAUUUCUCUUACUUCACUCCGGGAUCCAAAUGUACCAACCAGCUGUGUUCUUCCCAACCAUCACAGAGAAGCUGAAGGUCCACAAUACAUAUGGACCUAAACAUUAGCAGGAUUAAUAUGGUUUGACUGAAGUGAAGUGCACGGUUAUAUUCCUGUUGCCAGUCUCCUGAAUGCAGGGGAAGAUGGUGAUGCGUGGGGCUGCUGCUGCUAACCAAGAGGCGCUGUAAAACACAAGAUUCCAAUGCAGCACCUUGGAAGAAAUGCAGGUUAUUAUCUGUUUGGUGGGUCCCACUUGAUAUGUACUAUGACUAGUGAAUCAGGCCAAUCCAGCCAUCAGAUGCCACGUGAGUGCAUCAAAUAUGGAACAUUGGUUUAUUUAUUUUAACCAUCUUUCCCUUCUUUCU